AUGGAUCCCCGGGGCCGCCUCCACAGCAGGACAAACUUCCUGCUGUGCAGGAGGAAACGUACUUUGAGUAAUGGAAAGUCACUUCUACCAACCAUUAUAUGGGACACAGUGUUUGCAAGAAGAAUAAAGAGAAAAUGUUUUGAUGGUGAAGAAGAUAUUGAAGGAACCCUGGCUGGUUUUAAAUCUGUUCCCUCAUAUAAUCUUCAGCGGCAAUCACUUUUAGACAUGUCUCUGGUAAAGCUUCAGUUGUGUCACAUGCUUGCUGAACCUAAUCUGUGUCGAUCAGUUCUUAUAGCAAACACUGUAAGGCAGAUUCAAAAAGAAAUGACCCAGGAUGGAACUUGGCAAGUGAUAAAUGCUCAGAAUACAGGACAGGCUUUUCUUGAUCGCCUAGUAUCAUCAGAUAUCCUUUGUCGUUCAACAAAAGAACAGGGUGAAGGGAAACUUGUCCCAAGUUAUAGUAGUUUCUCAAAAGACUUUGAAGAUAUCCAGUCCCAAAAUAUUAUUUCUGACCUGUCCAUAGUUGCAUCAGCACAAGCUCCAAGAAAUCCUCAAAGUAAUGUUUGGGAAAUGGAGAACCCUCAAGAAAAUAGGGGAAACUUUCAGAAGUCACUAGAUCAAAUAUUUGAAACACUGGAGAACAAAAAUCCUAAUUCUGUAGAAGACUUAUUUUCAGAUGUUGACAAUUCUUACUAUGAUCUUGAUACAAUAUUAACAGGAAUGAUGAGCAACACAAAAAUGGGACAUUGUGAUGUGCUUGAGAGCUUUUCAUCUCAAACAACCAUAAAUUCUAACUCAAAUUGUAAAUCUGAUAUAAAUGAGCUUGACCAUAUUGUGGAAAUCCUUGUUGAAUCUUGAAAUGGUUAAACAC